ACAGCUUCUAGUUUAUAGUUUUGAUUGGUUAUUUGUAAUCGUGUUGGCGAAUAGUAAAUUGGCAUCGUAAAUGAGACGAGACAGGUAAAACCUGACCAAUCAGGCCCGCAUUCCUCUGUUUAGCCAGCAAGUGGUUUCCUAAUAGUACUGUUAGAUGACUUGAUGUCUAGCAGGAUGGCACAGGGGCAAGGGAGAUCUUUGGCUAUGCAUUUUGUGCAUAGUUUCGAUUGGUUACGUGUGACCAUAUUAAUUAACACGUUCGCUACCAGCGUCACAUAUUUGUGACGGCCGCAAUCCUAUAUUUUAUAUAAAGAAAAUGAAAUUAAUCCUAUAUAUAUAGUUAGUUAAUGUUAUAAACUACGAAAUUACAUUUAGGGAUCCGAUGAUUUAGCUUCAUUUGUUUCGAUAGUUUGUUUAGAAGAAUUAUUGAAUUGAAUAAAAUAUUAUAAUUGAGGAGACCGUCACCGAGAUAACUGGUAGCGAACGUGUUAAUACCAGAUUGGUACCGAAACUGAGAUGUACAGACGAAACCAAUUAGUCUCGCAUUCCCUUCAAGGUUCUUCUCCAGAGGAACUAGUAAAUAUUGCAAGUUACUGGUAAAAUGUUUCGGUUGGAAUAGAAGGUGCUUGUUCAUAACGUGCUGUUCGCCGAAACGAUCACGUACACUAAUUCGAGCGCGUGACGGUGAGAGUGAACACGGUUCACAGCACUUGCCCCUAUGACGUGCCGCGAACCUUUUUUCUAGCAACACAUUGUAGGUAAUCAGCCAACUAGCGAAGAGGGGAGAAAUCCUCAAUAGCUCACGAGCUAUCAGCUAGACACCCUCCUAUUGUUGUUUUAGAAUAUGUUUAUAGCACAGGUGCGAUACUGCGAUUUAGAAUUAAUUAGCGUCCUGAUCCACACACGGCCUUCUUAACUACUACCGCAGCUCUGUUAUAGACUUAUCUUUGUAUCAGAGAUGUCAAACUCUCUCGAUCGAUCGGUCCCUUACUCCUACUGCAGGAGUUACUCGAGUCCCAUUCUCGUUAACACGUUGAGUGCCACGGGGGUCACCGGUGACCAAUUAAAUUGAAUUACUAUAGUUCACUCAAUUAAACGAUGAUUAUUUGAAAACAUUUUUAUAUUAUAAAUAAUGCUAGCUAAUGUGGUGACAUUCAACUAGAUGAACGUGCAGUAAUAAUAGUGCAAUUCAAUCGACUGAUUUAAUAUUUUAUUUUUUCCAUUUCGUGUGUUUUGCUCUGUGAAAUCGUAUGGCAUCCAACCUGUUAACCCCUUGCUCUACAAUAUCGUGUCAGACUAGUGUCCUGGUGCCUAAGGCGAACGCUUUCGUGGAGAACUUGCGGAAGUAUCCUCACAUGCACGACAAGAAGUAUGCGGACGAACGGUUCGGCUCUACUGGACUGCUAGUGCUUCCGAUGACUGCGAUCGACAAAAAGCGCGUGGUAUACAACGUAAUCGAAUACUCGCCGCUUUGCGACUCCAGCAACAUGAUGAUGGAAGAUUGGAUUCGUAUCGCUAAUGACAUUAAGCAAUCCUACGAACACUACGAUGGCUUCGUCGUUCUACACGGAACGGACACGUUGAGCUACACAGCGUCAGCAUUGUCGUUCAUGCUCGAGUCCCUCGGCAAGAUAGUUAUCCUUACCGGGUCUCAGGUGCCGAUUUUCGACACCAGAAGCGACGGCCUGGAAAAUUUCCUCUCGUCUCUGGUUAUAGCUGCGAAUUACAACAUACCGGAAGUGUGCAUCUACUUCGGAACGAAUCUGAUGAGGGGCAACAGGACCAUCAAGGUUUCGGCCACCGCGUUUGAAGCAUUUGACUCACCGAAUUUCCCGCCCCUCGCCAAGGCUAACACCAAGAUUGAAGUGGAUUAUAGGAUUACUUAUCGAUCUUGCACGUUGGAGAAGUUCCACGUGCACAGCAAGUUGAACAGCAACGUGGGGCUGCUUCGCAUAUUCCCUAGCAUCACCAGGGAUCUGGUGAAGGCGUUCCUGCAGCCACCGAUCGAGGGUGUCGUGUUGCAGAGCUACGGGGCUGGGAAUAUACCGGCGAAUCGGAAGGACAUAAUCAGAGAAUUUUGCGAGGCGUCGAAACGCGGGGUGAUCUUGGUCAACAUCACGCAAUGCACGAGCGGCUGCGUUUCAAGGACUUACGAGCCUGAAAAACAACUUGAAGAAGCUGGUGUGAUAGCGGGUUUUGACAUGACGCCUGAGGCGGCUCUGACCAAGCUUGCCUAUGUCUUGUCGAAAAAGGAAUGGGACACGGAAACCAAGCGGCAAAUCAUGCAGUCCAAUAUACGGGGAGAAUUAACUGGAGGAAGAUCACCGUAUCUUCAAGACCUAGACUUUGUAGAGGCAGUCGCGAGAUCGUUGGGGAUUUCUUCGUCCUCCGAGCUUCUAGAAUUAGGGACAAUACUGUUUCCGGCGAUGCUGAAUGCCGCUGUCAUCGCCGGGGACAUGAUGAAACUUCAAUCUUUGAAGGGAUACGGUGCAUACGUCUCCCAAACAAACGCCGACGGCCGCACCGCGUUGCACAUCGCCUGCUGCGAAGGCGACUUGAGCAUCGUGCGAUGUCUUUUGAGGAUGGGAGCGAACGUUCAUAUCAAAGAUCGGUUUGGUCGUACACCACUUAUUGAUGCAGUGGAAUACGAUCACCACGAUGUCAUCAAACUCUUGCUUCAAUCCGGCGCCCACUUGGACGGAAGCGCUCACCUGAUAGGUCAGAAGAUGUGCGCCGCAGCAUCAAUAGGGAACACGAAACGGCUCAGCUCGUAUCACUAUGCGAACGCUAAUCUCAAUCAGAAGGAGUUCUCCGGUAGAACACCGUUGCACUUCGCCGCGUUGCACAAUAAGGUGCAGACGAUCAAGUUCUUGCUGGACCACGGAGUGAAGACCGACUGCAAAGACAAGCUGGGCCAAACUCCGUUGGAUUUGGCCGAGGCAAUCAGUUGCAAGGAAGCAGUGUUGUUGCUGUCGCGCUUGGAACCAGCCGUCAACUCCACGACACCGGCCACCGCGAUGAAAACGAUCAGAUGAAAGUGAAACGAGCAUUUAUUUGUCGCAGUAUAUAACGUAAUGCCACGGUCCCCUGCGACGUUACAGUGGCUGCGCGGGACAACGUAUUAAGGAGAAAAUCAAACGUUUACCCGUGCCCGGUAUAAUAACUAAGCGUCCUUGCGUUGUGCGGCUUAAUAAUCGCUCUCGCGUUUUAAUGACAGUUAACGACACAGGAGCCACACAGACAUGGUUAUUUGUUCCCAAGGUGUCGCUCAAAUUACGAGCAACGGUGUUCGCGAAAAGUGAAAGUCGUAGCCGACAAUUAUCAUGUUCGAAUCGCGCGACAACGUUUCAUGUCGCACGCGUCCAAAUGAAAACACAUUUCCGUGAAUUGUAAUUUGCUGGUCAAGGGAAAUACACAUUCAAAUUUUGUAGAAAAAAUAUAUAGUAUCUUUCGAAUCUGUACAAGCAUAGAUAAGACGUACGUUAACAUUGAAUCCGUCACGCUAUACCAAACUCGUUCAUGACAGUCCUCAGAAGUGUUGGUGUGAUAACGCAGCUUCUGUAUACACGCGCGCAAUCGUGGCCACCCAUUCGUCCCGUGUCCACGGCGUCUUCAAUCAUUGUACCGUUUGUGACAUCUUUGAACCACUUGUGGCUGUUCAAGACGAGGCAUUAGCAACUGACGAUAAGACUGGGCCGAGUUACAACAUAUUUCGAGCGUACCUGGAUAAACCAUCAAUGAUUUUAUCGGUGCUGGUCGGGCUGUCCGAGUGCGCUGCCAUUGAGACGAUUGUGCAGACCACGCGUUGUAUACACGGCGUCACGUACUCGUUGUUGAAGAUCAUACCGUUGAUCGCGUUACCGAAUUCUUGCCACUGAGAAUCGUCCACCGAACCUGAAGUUAUUACAAGAAGUUGAGAUAGGGUCAUAUGUAAUAAUAACUUAUAGGAAUGCAUUUGUCCACUCACGAUAGUUCGUAUGAGGCUUAGUCUUAGUAAACAAUGACGGAACCACGCUGAGCAGAGUCGUCAGGAGACCGACCAUACCUAGAGCCUUCGUAUUCACGUUUAACAGUGAUGGUACAUGACUGUGAUCUCCUAUUUUUUGAUCGAGCGGUAUGGAGAUAAAUGGAAUGUUCACCGACCAAUCAAGCUGGAUGAUCAAUAAGAUAUAAGAAUAAUGACAGUUUACAUCCGUGGUUCCUAACGUGAGGUGAUUUGACGGGAACCAAUUCGAAAAUUUACAGUGAAUUCUUUGCAUUUCUUUUGACUCUAGUGGUUACAUAUACAGUGCAUAAAUUAAAAUUAUAUUAUUUUUUCUCCAAUCUUUCAAUGACUCCUAGCUGAGUUCUUUAACGGUUACAUUCUUCUAUUUUUUUUAUAAAUACUAUGUUUUUUGUAAAUUCAGACCAAGUUAAUAUCGUUUAAGCUUCCCCCAAGUUUCCACGUUUUGAAUAACAAGAAUUAGAUUUUAGAGAUACUUAGGUGGGUUGAAAAAAUGUUGGAAACCACCGGUAUGCAUGAACAUUGUAAAAACACUUGAAAUUUACUUGCUUUGAAAGCGGUAGAACUCACAUGGAUUUUCUCGUCCUCUGAAUUGAAGGAGACCAGUCCUCCACUUGGAUGAUGAUUGUAGAUUUUGUUCUGUGCUCUAGACAUCUUCGUCCCUCCGUCAAUGUUAGGUUCCAUCGCUUCAGAGAUACACAAAACAGCGCAAAGCACAAAUACGAUGCCUAUCGUCGAGUUGUUCAUUGCAGCUACCGAAAUGUCCAAUCUAAAACACGAAAUUUAAAGAAUUGUCCACGGUUUUCGUGAUGGUCCGGUGAUCGAUUGCGGACGAGGACGGAGCCGCGUUUGCCGAAUCCUUGAUCCUGUCAGCAGUUUUUGUAGAAGAGCCGGCCUACCCUCGACACCCAGGAAAUUGCUGCCAGCCGAAUUAACGAACCUAAAAGCGAUUUCUGGAUAAAUUACUGUCGCAUUGCCGGCUUCGUUACGCCGGUCACCGUCACGGCUGAAAAUUUCGCGAAUCCGUGGACAAACGAACGGACGCACGGACGGUACUCCGCCGUUUCGUAAUUGCGUGCGUUCGCCAUUUUCACCGGAAGGGGAAUCGUUCUGUUCGCAUUCUAGUGGUUUCCUUGAAACUUCCGUAAGCUCAACCCUGCGAAAGGGUUACAGUAUAUCAAAUUUUACAAACAUUUGGUAAAGUUUAACGUCCAUUUGAAUUGAUGCAAUUAUAUAAAUAGGUGGCUUAAUUCUUUAUUUUUGAAUCUUCAAUUUCUAACAUUUAAAUGUACGAACAUCAAUUUAUCUAGCAACAUAGAAUAAAUACAGAGCAAUAUAAUAUUAUAAAUAGUGCAACAAUCGUUUGAUAAAUGUUUACGUGGACUCUGAUUGACGUAAUUACAGAAAUUUUCAUUGUUUAUUUCUAGAUCUCUAAGUUUUAACAUUUCUAAGUCCAGCGUUAAAAAUACGUUUUAAGAUGUUAUAAUUAGAUAUAUAAAUAGUUAUAAAAGACUAAUUAACUUCUACUCUUAAUAGAAGAUCGAAAAUUUGUUACUCAAAGAAUUUCGA